AUGGACUCUAAGCCCGAAUCGGACCCGGUGCAAGAGACGAUGCCGCCCAUCGAGGAGCCGGAGCCUCAGCACGAGCAUGAACAUACCCGCGCCGUUGCUUUCCAGGAGGAGCAGGAGAUCGAAGAAAAACCGCGUCCCAAAGGUGCUCACUGCGCCCCUCCCCUCUUUCAGCGCACAAGCACUCAACCUCACCCAGGUGUCGAGCUAAAGCAUACCAUCACGCAAGAGGACAGGGAACUGGCCGCCGCGGGCUAUGAACAACUGGAGGCGAACAAGAAGGCUCAGUUGGACGACUCGAAGGACGCAGAUAUCACGGAACACCGAAUCCCCGUCACCCAGCUCGGGGAGCGACUGAAUACUGCCAUUGACAUCAAGGAUCCCGGAUCCUCCGACGGACUUACCGCUACCGAGGCCGCCGAGCGUCUGAAGCGCGACGGACCGAACGUACUGACGCCCCCGAAAAAGAAGUCGCCGUUCCGUCAAUAUGUCGAUCGUUUGCUUACCAUGUUCAACGUCCUGCUGAUCAUCGCCGGUAUUCUGGAAUACAUUCUGCUGGGCAUUGACUUCAAGGACAACUUUGCCAACACGUAUCUCGGCGGAAUUCUCAUUGCGGUCGCCUUCCUCAACGCUUUCAUCGACUGGUAUCAAACUCAAAAGUCGGAAGCGAUCUUGGCAUCCUUCCUGGCCAUGAUUCCGCCUUCCUGCCACGUCGUCCGCGAUGGCUCCAUCACCGCUAUCCCUGCUGCAGAUCUCGUCAAGGGCGACGUCGUGCUGCUGCGCUCCGGCGACAAGACUCCGGCGGACCUGGUCUUGUUUGCGGCGACGGACUUCAAGGUGGACAACAGCAGCUUGACGGGAGAGUCGGAACCGCAGGAGCGGUUCCCGAUGGCCGCGGGCUCCGAGGGACGGGUCGUCGAGGCUGCGAAUCUGGCCUUCAAUUCGACCCUGGUUGUGAAUGGAGAAGCCUGGGGAAUUGUCGUCCGGACCGGAGAUCACACCUUCAUCGGCCAGAUCGCUUCGCUAACUGGCGGCGAAUCAGGCAACGAGAGCCCGCUGGCUGUUGAAAUUGGCCAAUUUGUCAUCAAGGUGUCUUGCAUCGCUGUCCUCUUCGCGAUCGUUUUCUUCGUCGUUGGUAUCACAACUGCCUAUAAGGGCAAGGCGUCGCAGACGGUGACAUUCGCUGUCUCCAUUCUGGUCGCGUUCGUCCCGGAGGGUCUGCCAUCCGUUGUCACGCUCUUGCUGUCCAUCGCUGCGAAGCGCAUGGCAGCACAGAAUGUGCUAGUGAAGGAUCUGCAGGGUGUCGAAACCCUCGGAUCGUUGACUCUCCUUGCAACGGACAAGACUGGGACGCUCACCCGUAAUCAAAUGACCGUCACCAAUCUGUGGAGCGGAGGCAAAAUGUACUCUGCCUUCCAGUCCAACAACGACGAGGAGACCGUUUCUUCCUUCUCUCUGGAAGCAUCCGGGAUGACUGAGCUCGUGAAUAUUGCUGCGCUCAACUCUCGCGUCAAGUUCGAUACGACCGAUAUUCCAUUCGAUCAACGGCAGAUUCUGGGUGAUGCCACUGAGACUGGUUUGACGCGCUUUGCUGGACGGUCUCUGCCUGGCAGUUAUGACGAGCAUCUCAAGAAGCACCCGAAAGUCUUUGAAGUACCGUUCAACUCUACGAACAAGUGGGCCCUGGUCAUUGUCAAGAAACCUCAUGCGAACGGCGAGCUCAGCUCUUACAUCAAGGGUGCACCGGAACGUGUCCUGGCGAAAUGCUCGACCUACCUCAAGGACGGCGAAUUGGUGCCCAUCACGGACGAAUUCCGCACAGCCUACGACGAAGCGUACAACUACAUGGCAUCACGCGGACACCGAGUGAUCGCCUGCGCGCAGUCGUUGCUUGCCGGCUCCUCGUACCCCGCCGACCACACCUUCUCGCGCACGGAGUUCCCGCAGACGGACUACUGCUUUGUCGGGCUUGUCUCGCUCGAGGAUCCGCCGAAGCACGGUGUGCGCGAGGCCAUUGGCACGCUGCGUCUCGCGGGAAUCAAGGUCAUGAUGGUGACGGGCGACCACCCCAAGACGGCGGAGGCGAUCGCGCGGAAGAUCAACCUGAUGAUUGGCGACACGCGGGAGACGCUGGCAGCGAAGACGGGACGGCCGCUGGAAGAGAUCUAUGACGAUGAAGUCACGGCGAUUGUCAUCCACGGAGACGAUAUCGAUGACCUGCAGGGCUGGCAGUGGGAUCAGAUCUUCAGCAAGGAGGAAAUCGUGUUUGCUCGGACAUCGCCCAAGCACAAGCUGGAAAUCGUCAAACGCGCACAGGCUCUCGGUCACAUUGUCGGAGUUACAGGUGACGGUGUGAACGACUCGCCAGCCCUGAAGAGAGCCGACCUGGGUAUCGCAAUGAACAUUUCCGGAUCCGAUGUCUCCAAGGAAGCCGCGAACAUGAUUCUUCUGGACGACAACUUCGCGUCGACUGUUAAGGGUGUCGCUGAAGGGCGUCAAAUCUUUGUCAACUUGAAGCGGUCUAUCCAGUACACGAUCUCGCACUCAACACCUGAGGUCAUUCCUCAGCUGCUUUACGUCGUCGUUCCGAUCCCUCUUCCUCUUUCUGCCAUUUUGAUUCUCGUGAUCGACUUGGGUUUCGAACUAUUCGUCGCACUGUCGUUCGCCUGGGACAAACCUGAAACCGUCGAUGGUCUGAUGCGCAUGACACCCCGAAAGCCGGUCAACGAGCGCUCGAUUCUGUCGCUCAAGCGCAAGGCACUGAGGAGAACGAAGACACUACGCCGCGAUCCCGAGACGCAGGAGGUCAUCCCACCCAGCAAGUUCUCUGUUUUGGCUGAGAAACUGCGCAAGCCGUUCACCCGAACGUACUGGGAAGAUGCGAUGGAGCCGUCGGACGGCGAGACGCUGGUCGAUGGGAAGUUGCUGUCGUAUGCCUAUCUGGAGGCCGGGAUGAUCGAGAUGUUGGGCAGUCUCGUCGCCUACUUUGUGGUGUUCUUCAAGGCUGGGUUCUCUCCGAACGACUUGCGGAAAGCGCAGAAGGCCGGAUUGUAUUUCACGAAAUCCAGUCCCGACUACAUCAACGGCCGCGGUCAAACACUAGAUGCCUCUGCCCAGGUGUCAGCCCUGGCCCAGGCACAGUCAAUCGUAUAUCUGUCGGUGUUCAUCAUCCAGUGCUUCAACGUGUUCGCUGUCAAGGCCAAGUUCAAGUUCCCCUUCGGGCGCAACGCCGUGGGCAACAAACUCAACUUUGCGGGCAUCCUCGCCGGCGCCAGUCUCGGCAUGUUCAUCAUCUACACGCCGCCGCUGCACGUCGUGUUCGGCGGCACGGACAAGCUCAGCCCGCUGUACUGGCUCAUUCCCAUCGCUUUCGGUGUCCUGCUGCUCGUGUGGGCUAGCAUCCGGGUCGUCAUCAUGCGCAAGUCCGUCGAGGCUGCAAGGGUGAAGGACAUCAAGGGCCUCAUGAUGUUCCCGACGAUGAGGACGAUGAGCAUGCGCUCGAAAGACGGACGCAAAUGAUAGAGAGACGACAUCUAAUGAACUUAUACGAACUACAUAAUGCUUGCUUUGCUGACGAUCGGGCUUGGGUUUGGGCAUGUGCGCAUGGGCCUUUUGCUGGAAUACAUGAAAUUGAAACGUUCAAUGUCUCGAGAAGUUAUCCGCAACUCCAAAGCUAAGGGUAGAGUGAAUGGCUGGGAAAGAACGAGUGACGUGGACGUGAAAAGUACGAUAGUGAUCAGAAUGCGAAAUCGGUAGAAACCGAGCGAAGAGAA